UCAAUUUUUAGAGAUGUCAAAAUAAAUAACAGGAACUAGGAAUAAGUGACGUUAUUCAAUUCGCACAAUACUUUUUACUCGUUUUGGUCGGCAAACGGGAGUUAUUUUAGUUAAGAUUCCAAAAAACUACCCUAGUAAAAUGAAUCAUAGGCUAAUAAAUAUAUGGGAUUUUAAAAUAACCUUUUUUCUACUAGUUACUAUUAUUUACCUAUGCGAUCCUACGAAUAGCGGAGCUGUGCAACUUACGCAGCAAAAUAUAGACAUGACUCUAGCUUCCAAUGAAUUAGUGUUUAUAAAUUUCUACGCCGAUUGGUGUAGAUUCAGCAGCCUACUCAUGCCGAUUUUCGACGAGGCCGCCGAAGCAGUAGCCAAAGAAUUCCCCGAAGCCGGCAAAGUCGUUAUGGGAAAGGUGGAUUGCGACAAAGAAAACACCGUUUCAUCGAGAUUCCACAUCACCAAGUACCCCACUUUGAAGCUCAUACGUAACGGCCAGCCGGCCAAACGGGAGUACAGAGGCCAGCGAUCCGUCGAAGCCUUCACCUCCUUCAUCAAGAAACAACUCGAGGAUCCCGUCAAAGAGUUCGCCCAGUUGAAGGAAUUGGGCAAUUUGGAGUCGAAUAAACGAAUCAUAAUCGGUUACUUCGAUCGCAGGGACCAGCCCGAGUACAGCAUAUUCAGGCGCGUCGCGACGAACCUGAAGGACGAUUGCCAGUUCCACGUGGGCUUCGGCGAGGCGUCGGAGAAGAUGCACCCGCCCGGCCAGCCGAUCGUCGCCUUCCGCCCCGACAAGGACCGCUCGAACGAUUUGGACGAAACCUACCCGGGCAGUUUGACCAACUUCGACGAGCUGCACAUUUGGGCGUCCGAGAAGUGCGUGCCCUUGGUGAGGGAGAUCACCUUCGAGAACGCCGAGGAGCUGACCGAAGAGGGCCUGCCCUUUCUCAUACUGUUCCACGCGCCCGACGAUAAAGAGAGCAUCAAAAAGUACACCGAUAUCGUGCAGAAGCAACUCAUAGUGGAGAAACAGACUAUCAAUUUCCUGACGGCCGAUGGUAAGAAGUUCGCCCAUCCGUUGCACCAUUUGGGGAAAAGCGAGAAAGACCUGCCGUUGAUAGCGAUCGAUAGUUUCCGGCACAUGUACCUGUUUCCGAAUUACAGCGACAUCGACCGGCCGGGUAAAUUGAGGGCGUUUAUUCAGGAUUUGCAUUCGGGGAAGUUGCACAGGGAGUUCCAUUACGGGCCCGACGCCGCGGCGGAGACGGAGAAGACGCAACAGACCACCCCUCCGGAUAGUACGUUUAAAAAACUGGCGCCGUCCAAGAACAGAUACACGUUGCUGGAUAAAGAUGAAUUGUAGAUACUCGUUUUUUUUUUAAUGAAUUUUUUGUUUGCAAGUUUACGUAUUUUUUGGUCGUUUGGCUGAUCCGAAAAGUUUAUUGCGUAGGUAAUUUAAUUGUUGGAGAAAUUGUAGUUAUUUUUUUGUUUGUUGGAAAAUUCGCUCGUACUUUUGUAAGAUACAUUUUUCUUGUACUCUCUACAUACCGGUGUCAUUUACUUGUUAAUUUUAUGAAAUCAAAUUCGGCUAUUCUAUACAAGUUUGUGUUAAGGAAUGUUCUGCGUUCCCUUUAAAUAUUUUUUUUUAAUAAAAAAUUGAAUUUUCUCUAAGUUA